AAAAAAGACUGUUAAGUUACUUAAGAGCUCAUUGACUUUGAUGUUCUUUUUUUAAUUCAUCAUAUGUUUGAUCUGUCAGAUUUUGCCUAACACAUCCUCGAAAGUCCCUUUCAUCGUGCCAAACUCAAAAAAGUUGACUACAAUGUCCACACUUGUAAAUCUCAGCUCCUUGUUUUGAACCAAGAACUCCCAUUGCACCCAGUUGAACGAGGUCGGUCUUUUCUUGAUAUAUAUAUGCGUAUAUGUAUAAUUCUUCAGCCAUGUAAAUGAAGCAAUGGCAAAGCUCCUACAUAUUUAAAGUCAAGCCAUAGACCACAAGAGGUCUCCGUGAUUGAUGAGAGCAAAACGAGUAAGGUAUGGCGAAGAUAAGUCAACACUUCUUGUAUGCUUUUCUUCUUCACGCGGCCCUCAUUUCAGCAAGAUGCCAAGCAACAUCCGAGCAUCCAAAGAAACAUGUUGUUGCCUUCUUCAUCUUCGGUGAUUCAUUUUUAGAUGCCGGCAACAACAACUAUAUCAACACCACAACUCUUGACCAAGCAAACUUCUGGCCUUAUGGAGAAACCUUCUUCAAGUUCCCCACCGGUCGUUUCUCUGACGGUCGUCUGGCACCGGAUUUUAUUGCUAAAUAUGCAAAUCUUCCAUUUAUCCCACCUUUUCUGCAACCUGGCAUUGAUCAAUAUUACUAUGGAGUCAAUUUUGCAUCUGCCGGAGCUGGUGCUUUAGUUGAAACAUUUAAAGGGGAUGUGAUUGAUCUUAGAACACAGUUGAGUUAUUACAAGAAGGUGGAGAAGUGGUUGAGACAUAGGCUAGGCAAUGAUGAAGCCAAGAUGACAAUAUCAAAAGCUGUAUACUUGUUUAGCAUUGGAAGCAAUGAUUACAUGAGCCCUUUCUUGACCAAUUCCACUAUUCUAAAGUCAUACACAAACUCCAAAUACGUUGGGAUGGUCAUCGGCAACUUGACAACCGUGAUUAAAGAAAUAUACAAGUUGGGGGGCAGAAAAUUUGCAUUUAUCAAUGUCCCACCACUGGGCUGUCUGCCCACAAUCAGGAAUAGCAACGGUAGCUGCCUGAAAGAAACUUCAUUGCUUUCAACACUACACAACAAAGCUCUCUCCAAGCUCCUCCGUGAACUGGAGGAGCAAUUGAAGGGUUUCAAAGACUCACACUUUGACCUCAACAGCUUUCUUGAACAAAGAAUCAAUCAUCCUUCUCAAUUCGGUUUCAAGCAAGGGGAAUCAGCAUGCUGUGGAACUGGGCCAUUUCGAGGAGUUUUUAGCUGUGGAGGAAAGAGACUAGUGAAGCAGUUCGAGUUAUGUGAAAAUCCUAAUGAAUAUGUGUUUUGGGACUCUAUUCAUCUCACUGAAACGGCUUACAGACAAUUGGCAGAUCAAAUGUGGGGUGGAGGGGCUGGCCACCCUCAUGUUCUUGGGCCUUAUAAUCUAAUGAAUCUAUUCCAAACAGAAACUUAAGACUCUGUUUGGCACCGUAUUUUGAAGAAUUUCCGAAUUUUUUA